UUGGGAAGAGAAACAAGCUUUAAUACGACAAAGAACCUUCUGUGACCUUUGGGGGAGGGGGUUUACUUUAUUGUUUGUGUCUAGAACAGGUUUAGAAUGACAGAAUUCUGGCCUAAACGAGAUUAGUGGAUUAGUGGAAAAUGCUUUUAAUUUUCACACAUAAUUUUCUUGGAAAAUUCCUCACGUGAGGAAGUAAGGUUCAAAGGUUGGCUUCGUCCUUAGUCUCCUGCUCUUACUAAAUGCUUAUUUAUGUUCAUAUUUACGAAAAAAUGCCAGCGUAGCGGACUGGUUGUUUAUUUCGUUUUUAUUUAUGUAUACCGAAGGCAAAAAUAAUAUAUUUUGCUAGCAUGAAUAAUUAUUUACCACGAAAAAUCGACAUAACCUACAACAUAACGAUGUUUUGAAGAUUUAUGAACAUUUAAAACCGCCGUAAAAUCGAAAUGCCAGAACCGGUGAAGAUUAUCGAGUGGCAACAUUUGGACAAGAAGAAAUUCUAUGUCUUUGGACCGACUUUGUUUUUCGGCAUACGAGCUGUGCUGUACCCACCGAAUUUGAUUAAAACAAGACUACAAGUCCAGAGGAAGCGCUCCAUGUACAAAGGAACCUUCGAUGCCUUUAGGAAUAUUGUUAAACAGGAAGGCAUUCGCGGUUUGUAUAAAGGCUAUUUGGUUAGUAAUUUUUCUUUGCUCUCCGGACAAUGCUACAUCACAACCUAUGAGUUAUUGCGGCAAAAAACUUCAUAUUACACCGAUAAUCUGGCCCUUCGUGGCUUUUUCGCCGGAGCAUGCGCAUCCAUUGUCGGUCAGACCAUUAUGGUCCCGGUUGAUAUAAUUUCACAGUUUCUUAUGGUACAAGGGCAAGGACAGUGCUCAAGUACUUACAAACCAAAGGGUGCUGGGAUGGUUGUCAAGCAAAUUUGGGAGAAUCAAGGUAUAAGAGGGUUCUAUAGGGGAUAUGGAAUAUCGUUGAUGACCUAUGCUCCGACUAGCGGUGUAUGGUGGGCCUCGUACGGUCAAUAUCUUGGCAUUGUGGGUAGCUUGGUGCCAAAUGGCACAGCACCUAUUGUGGUGCAAGGAAUCGCAGGACCAUUGGCUGGACUAACUGCUGCCACAGCAGUCAAUCCAUUAGAUGUGUUACGAACUCGAUUACAGGUUGGAGGAGGAAGCUCAGUUGUGGCUGUACUAAAAGAUCUUCUUCGAGAAGAGGGUUUCAUCAUGGGAUUGAGCAAAGGUCUUACUGCAAGAAUUACAACAAUGAUGCCGUCAAGCUUUUUAAUUACACUAGGAUACGAAACAAUUAAAAGAUUAAGCUUAAGAAGUGAUCUUGUGGAAUCGGGGGAAUUUAAGAUUAGGUGAUGAUGCACACAAU